AUGUCGGGUAUCCCGCAGACCUUCUGGUCCUCGCCGGUGCGGUACCUGCGCUGGGCAAUGCACGAAAAGCCGGCGAUCUUCUUUUCGAUCGUCGUUGGCAGCAUGGGUCCGCCGCUACUGUAUACGCUGCCGAGCAUCCGGGCGAGAUUUGGCGACUUUGACCCGCCCGCGGUGCCGCAUAGUUAUCCUGUACCGAAGGGUCCGAGGAAGGUGCCUGAGGGGUUCGACGAUUGA